GUCACGGCCAGGGGCUUUGGGCCGCUGUUACAGUUUGCUUACACUGCCAAGCUGUUACUCAGCAGAGAAAACAUCCGCGAGGUCAUCCGCUGUGCCGAGUUCCUGCGCAUGCACAACCUGGAGGACUCCUGCUUCAGCUUCCUGCAGACCCAGCUCCUGAACAGCGAGGAUGGCCUGUUCGUGUGCCGGAAGGAUGCUGCGUGCCAGCGCCCGCACGAGGACCGGGAGAACUCCGCGGGAGAGGAGGAGGAGGAAGAGGAGGAGACCAUGGAUUCGGAGACGGCCAAGCUGGCCUGUCCCCGGGACCAGAUGCUGCCAGACGCCAUCAGCUUUGAGGCCACUGCCAUCCCAGUAGCAGAGAAGGAAGAAGCCUUGCUGCCUGAGUCGGACGUGCCGCCCGACACCAAGGAGAGCUCAGAGAAGGACGCGUUAAUGCAGUACCCCAGAUACAAGAAAUACCAGCUUGCAUGUACCAAGAAUGUCUAUAAUGCAUCAUCGCACAGUACCUCAGGUUUUGCAAGCACAUUCAGUGAAGAUAACUCUGGCAGCAGCCUCAAGCCGGGGCUUGCCGUGGGGCAGAUUAAAAGUGAGCCGCCCAGUGAAGAGAACGAGGAAGAGAGCAUCACGCUCUGCCUAUCCGGAGAUGAGCCUGAUGUCAAGGACAGAGUGGGGGACGUCGAGAUGGACCGCAAACAGCCCAGCCCCGGCCCCGCGCCCACGCCCACCGCCCCUGCGGGGGCUGCCUGCCUGGACAGAUCCAGGAGCGUGGCCUCGCCCUCCUGUUUAAGGUCUCUAUUCAGUAUAACAAAAAGUGUGGAGCUGUCUGGCCUGCCCAGUACAUCUCAGCAGCACUUUGCCAGGAGUUCAGCAUGCCCUUUCGACAAGGGGAUCACUCAGGGUGACCUUAAAACUGACUACACCCCUUUCACAGGGAAUUAUGGACAGCCCCACGUGGGCCAGAAGGACAUGUCCAACUUCACGAUGGGGUCGCCCCUCAGGGGGCCUGGGUUGGAGGCUCUCUGUAAACAGGAGGGAGAACUGGACCGGAGGAGUGUGAUCUUCUCCUCGAGCGCUUGUGACCAAGUGAACACUUCGGUGCAUUCUUAUUCUGGGGUAAGCAGUUUGGACAAAGACCUCUCUGAGCCAGGGCCAAAGGGUCUGUGGGUGGGAGCUGGCCAGUCCCUCCCCAGCUCACAGGCCUACUCCCACAGCGGGCUGAUGGCUGACCACUUGCCAGGAAGGAUGCGGCCCAACACCAGCUGCCCGGUGCCAAUCAAAGUCUGCCCCCGCUCGCCCCCUUUGGAGACCAGGACCAGGACUUCCAGCUCUUGCUCCUCCUAUUCCUACGCCGAGGAUGGGAGUGGGGGCUCGCCCUGCAGCCUCCCUCUCUGUGAGUUUUCCUCCUCACCCUGUUCCCAGGGAGCCAGAUUCCUUGCCACAGAACAUCAGGAACCAGGCCUGAUGGGAGAUGGAAUGUACAACCAAGUCCGACCCCAAAUUAAAUGUGAGCAGUCUUACGGAACCAACUCCAGCGACGAAUCCGGAUCGUUCUCGGAAGCAGACAGUGAGUCGUGUCCUGUGCAGGACAGGGGCCAGGAGGUAGGGAACCAACAUCAAUUCAAGCAUGUGACCCACUCUCUUAGUCCUUUAUCUGGACUUUUGCCUGACCUCCCACCACCACUCCCAGAUGGUUUUUAUUUGCUGAGAUUGAAGGUAACAGAAAAGGGACUGCCUCCCUCAGCCAUGGAGGCAGGAUGCUACAGGGUGUGUGAGAAAGAGAAACUGUUGUCAGAGAGGAAUCAGCUAAAAGCAUGCAUGGGGGAACUGUUGGACAACUUCUCCUGCCUUUCCCAGGAAGUCUGCCGAGACAUCCAGAGCCCGGAGCAGAUCCAGGCCCUGCAUCGGUAUUGCCCCGUCCUCAGACCCGUGGAUCUGCCCGCAGCCUCCAGUGUUAACCCUGCGCCUUUGGGUGUCGAGCAGAACCUUGCAGCCUCCCAGUGUGUGGUGGGGGAAAAUGUGCCCUGCUGCUUGGAGCCAGGUGCGGUUCCCCCCGGGCCUCCCUGGGUACCUGGAAACACUUCUGAGAAUUGUACUUCUGCAAGGAGGCUGGAAGGCACUGACCCAGAAACAUUCUCAGAGAGAGGACCUCCUCUUGAACCCAGAAGCCAAACGGUGACUGUGGACUUCUGCCAGGAAAUGACUGAUAAGUGUACAACUGAUGAACAGCCCAGGAAAGAUUACACCUAGUGACGCAGCUCUCCUCCCAGUCCUCACACCUCUCCCAUCCAGGUGUUCUUCAGUCAGCCUGUGGCACUGUUCAUCUGUUGAGAAGAACCAAGAACGAAUUUGGUGCACACUACAGCGAUCUUAGCAGCAAUACUGUUCCCAAGUAUUCCCUCCUCUCUUCAAGCAGGAGUGAUAGUUACCUUCACAAUGGUGCUACCCCUUGCUCAGGCAAGGAAAGACAACAGUGAUGUCACUGUCUGUCUAGGGGUUAAUUUCAGUCUUCACAGGGAUAGACUACAACACCUCUAGGACCCAACCACGGAUUUUUUUUCUCAGUGGCCCAUGUCACAAACCCUAUCUCAGGAAUUUCUUCUGAAUGUUCAAUUUUUUUCAUUGAAGACAGCUUCUAUACACAUCAAAGUUUUAUAGCUA